CAUCUGUUUCCCGCCCUCUCCCACGUCGGCGGCGCUUUCUCUUCCAACCCACAAGCUCAGAGCCACCGGCCCGCUGAAGCCUCCUUUCCAAGUCCGCUGUCGAGCUCGCCUGGCCUAUCCACACCUGUCUCCAGCCCGAUCAUCGUCUCGCCGUCAUGUCUUCAUCCUCCAAACUGCCCUGGACAAAAAUGGCCCGGAACUUCCAUGGCCCCAGACUCGUCCUCAGCCCCCCUCGAUCCAGCUCUGUCAUGGCGGUUGCAUCCUCUCCCUGCGUGCUUUGGAGACCCGUACGCCGACUAGCCACGCUUUCGCAUUCGCCUUCACCGUCGCCCCUUGGCCACUGGAUUCCAUCCUCGAUCGGCAACCUUCCCGACUGGGAGAAGCACCACGAGCAAGACUCGGAGUCCGACUCAGAAUCAGCACAACACUUCCCCUGGGCUGCCGGCCUCCUCGUCUUUGGAUUCUCGAGUGUCGCCACCGUUGCCUCGGCCACUUACGACCCGCACCCGCUCACUGGCCGAAGCCGGUUCUUGUUCUUUGACGAAGCGAUUGAGCAGCGCCUGGGCGAAACGGGCUACACCGAGCUGCUCAGCGCCUACGGCAACAAACUGGUUCCACCCACGCACGAGGCCCACCAGUUUGUUUCAUCCAUCGUCCACUCGCUCGUCGCGGCCGCCGGCAUCUCCGAUCUGCGUGAGUGGACCGUCCACCUGGUCCAGGACGACUCGCUCCCGAAUGCCCUGGUGCUGCCCUCGGGCCAGGUCUUUGUCUUCACUGGCUUGUCUGCCAUCGCCGAGUCCGAGGCCGAGCUUGCCGUGAUUCUCAGCCACGAGCUCGCCCAUGUCCUUUCUAUGCACACUGCCGAGAAGACCUGUGGCCAGCGCGUGGCCGAUCUGCUGUGGGGCAACCACUAUCAUUCGAGCCACGGCCAUGACCAGCACGACGACGGACACCAGCACACACCAGCCUCGUCUCUGACCACAGAGGGCCCUCUCAAAGCCUCGUCGCCUCUCUCGGGGCCUCUCCAGAUCGCCCUGGAAAUGCUCGUCGGCACCGAGACCGACAUCAUCAACGCACACUCGCGCACCUGCGAGUUCGAGGCCGAUCUCGUGGGAAUGUACCUGCUGGCCCUUGCUGGCUACGAUCCGACUGAUGCCGUCCGACUCUGGGAGAAAUGGGCUGCCAUCGUCCACGAGCACUCACCCUCGCUCCAUCCGCAGACCCUGCCGGAGCCCGCUCUGGCCGAGCCCCAGCAUCGUCAGCAGCCACUCGACCAUGACGCUUACGGCCAGCCAGCCCUUAUCCAGCCGCUCCAGAACACUCACCCGUCCGAAGAAACUCGGGCGGCGACCCUGCGCCAGCACCUUCCCGCGGCCCUGGCCCUCUACCGCCACAUCAAGUCCAACCCCGCCCUCUCUGGGCCCGAGCGCUCUCCGCGGUCUCUGCGUGAGGCCAACCAGAUCCUCCGGACCAAGUUCAAGACGUUCCUUCCCCACCACGUCCGCGAGCAGCAGCAGAAGCUGGCGGACGCAUCCGACUGGAUCCACGUCGGAUGGGGGCUGGGUGCAGUUUAACUAGUCUGACCUGCCCCUGACAACGUACUUGCUGUUGUGAUUGCCUGCUUCAACCCGGUGCGCUUCCCCACCACAUCCCACCCACAGAACCCCAUGACAUACCCCCUCCUCCUUUCCUGUCUCCGUAAUUUUUGGCUCCUUGGAUCGCCCUUCUGUAUCUAGUUCGUAGCCCUCACUGGGCAACAAGCGAGCCCAAGUGCUCCCUCGACGGUACACCAAAGCCUGUCUUGUGCACCAGUCGCUGCAGUUUUGAAUAUGUACAUUCGCCCCGCCUUCCUUACCCCCUUGCUCUGAUCUUAUCUUUCCUUCGAAUGAGCCCUUGAUCAAUACACUACACUUUAUUCAGAAAAAAACGGGACAACAUAGCCGUUUCCAUGAACAGGUAGUAUGUGCUGUGC